UUUCUGAGAGAGACAGAGGAACGAUGCCAGGAAACUAGAGCACACACAGGAGGAGGAGAAAGAGGCGCAGAAAACAACCAGAGACACAACCGGCUCUGUCACUGGCACAGGAGGACACACACAGACUGCACACACACCACGCUGACACCCAUCUCGCAGGUAAGUGACCACCAGAAGGACACCCCAUACACUAGGUCUGUGCCAGGCUGACAUGUGGUCACCUCCGGGUGUGGACGGGACAUCCAGUAAUGUGUGGGGCGUGUACCGACUGCAAGGUGUGUCCAAAGCAGAAAAACCUGGAACACAGAGGAGCAGAAUUACUACCUGGCAGAGACGUGAGAGGCAGAGGAUCCUCCGAGUAUCACAGCUCACCCAGAGGAUGCCCAGGCUGCAUGGCCAAGUCCACCAAGUGAUACCUACUUCAAUCCAUCAUCUCAAGAGCCAACGUUCAACCUGAGUGCCUUCAUCCAACUUUAACCCGGACCUUGCCGCUACUAACACGACAAGGCUUCUCUGAGGUUUACACGGUUGGGUUGACAUGGAAUCUCCUCGGUCCAACUACUCGGAGAUGCAGGAGAUGCAGGAGGAGCAGCAUUCCAGGGGCAAAGCUUCUGGCAACCAAAUGGGUCCCGGAAGCGGACGCCGUAAGCGAGAGUUCAUCUCCGACGAGAAGAAAGAUGCCAGUUACUGGGAGAAGAGAAGAAAAAACAACGAAGCUGCCAAGAGAUCCCGCGAAAAGAGACGUUUCCACGAUCUGGUCCUGGAAGGAAGGGUGGCGGCCCUCGAUGAGGAGAACGGGCGUCUGAGGAGCGAACUGCUUCAGCUGAAGAUCCGUUAUGGACUCAUAAAUGCCGCCUCCUUUCUGGAAGCGGGACAUGGACUUGAAAGGUGUAAUAGUGGAGACGCGGGGUCGCUUCUGUGUAACGGAGGGAAUUCGGCUUUCACAUCUUCCUUCUUGGCAAUGAAUUCAGACUCUUCGGAGGCAGACAGCGGAGGCGGAGCAGCAAAUGACAGCUAUUCCCCCCGGGGGUCACUUUCAGACCUCUCAGACCAGUCCUCUCGAGACAGUCCGCUGCCAGGCUCUUAUGGAGAUGAGAGAGCAAUGGAAAAUGACUUUGCCAACGGGUGCCCGGUGGACAGCAGCGCAUCCUCAAGACUGGCAGUGCCACGCGGGGGCGUGAUCCUUUAUAGAGUCGGUGGGCUCACAGUGGACCCUCAGUCAAGGCACAUGGCAAGUCCAGAGCUUGCAGAUCUGGUCCCCUUGAAGCACUUUGUCGGUGACAGUAACCCCCCUCCGCUACGCUCCUCCAUAUUUGUUCAUGCAGACAGUUUACAGACUCAAUACCAGCAGCUGAUGAAGACGGCGGCCGAAGACGAGGUUACGGGGGAUCUGAGGUCGCCCAAAUCUCCCCAUUCGGGUUACCACAGUGAGGACAGUGGCAGUGACGAGGGAACAUCUAAUUCUUGCUCGACUUUCUGGGAUAAUGCAGCGGGCGUGAAAUUACCGCAUAAACUGAGACUGAAAAGUCGGUCACAUGGACAGGAGAGCUGGUGGGCACACACGGCUGAGGAGAACCAACAGGAACAUUUUACUGUUUAAUGACUGAAGCCAAAUAUGUGGGCACCACUAUUUCUAUUUACCUGUAGGUGCCACAUCUUGGACUGCUGCACCUGUGUCACUGCUCUACUAUGAGGGUAGAAGGCGAUGACAGAGAUCUUGUAUAUAUGUAAUGUGAGUUGUAAUAAAAUCAUAAA